CCCACCAUUUCACAGAGCACCAUUCAUCACAGCUCGUCCAAGUUCGCUCGCUCGCUCUCUCUCUCUCUCUGUCCCCGCCGGUAUAAUUCCUGGUGGAUGAACAUUAAUUAGUAUGUCUAUUCCAAGAAGUUCUGUGCAUCAGAGGUUGUGGUAGCCUUUGAUAUUGUUGGAUUUUCUCUCCGAAAUUGUCAUUCUGGGCUUUGGGGGAAUAGGGUUUAGGGGUUGAUUUGGGGAAUUGGAGAGGUGAUGGCUCAAGCAGUGGAAGAAUGGUACAAGCAGAUGCCAAUCAUCACCCGUUCCUAUCUCACAGCUGCCGUUAUUACCACCGUCGCUUGCUCCCUCGAUAUAAUCUCUCCUUAUAACUUGUACUUGAACCCUAAGCUUGUCCUCACACAUUACCAGUUUUGGCGGCUCAUCACCAAUUUUCUUUUCUUCCGAAGAAUGGUUGAUUGUGCAGACUUGGACUUUCUGUUUCACAUGUUCUUCCUUGCCCGAUACUGCAAGCUUCUAGAAGAAAAUUCUUUUAGGCAAAGGACUGCAGAUUUCUUUUAUAUGCUAUUAUUUGGUGCUACUGUUUUAACUGGGAUUGUUCUCAUUGGAGGCAUGGUACCCUAUGUGUCUGAAUCGUUCGCAAAUAUAAUAUUCCUGAGCAAUUCAUUGACAUUCAUGAUGGUGUAUGUGUGGAGCAAGCAAAAUCCUUAUAUCCACAUGAGUUUCUUGGGUCUCUUUACUUUUACUGCUGCAUACCUUCCGUGGGUUCUUUUGGGAUUCUCUAUCCUCGUGGGGGCUAGUGCUUGGGUAGAUCUUCUGGGAAUGAUAGCCGGUCAUGCUUACUAUUUCCUUGAAGAUGUCUAUCCACGGAUGACUGGCCGUCGACCCCUUAAAACUCCAUCAAUCAUCAGAGCAUUAUUCGCGGAGGAACCUGUAGUGGUGGCAAGACCAGCAGACGUGCGUUUUGCUGCUCCACCUCCAGUAGAGGAAGUGCAACGAAACUAAUCAGAUCUCAUGAAGGCUACACGGAUGCUACUUUGCUUGCCUGUGCCCAUCUGUCCAUGGAAUCAGUUGGAUGUCCAAGAACGGAAUUAGGAUGACCUACGUUUAGGACGAUACAGUUUUCUGACAUGCUAGUUCAUUGCUUCUUUGGUGUUCAAUUUACUUCCACAGGUUUGGUGAGUAUAUUGUACUUCAGCCAGGACUGGGUACUUAACAGUUGAUGUAUAGGAUCUUCUUGUUCAUUUGUUUGACACUAAAGCUUUUGCAAGAAAUUCGAUCAGUCUUUGCUCGACUUCAAGGAGAUCACCUUUGUCAUU